GCGCCGUGCGCCGUGCGCCCUGCUUCUCGUCACGGGAGAAACCCUAAAUCGGAUAUUGCUCUUGAUCUCUACGAGAUCGUCGUUGCGCCUGAGUAGGAGUGAUUUCACGGGGUUGGAGGGUUUUGAUUUACUGAAAGAAAGCUGAUUCUUUGUUCGCUUCAUGAAUUUUUUUCCCGCUGGUUUCUGCUAUUCUACUUAGGGCUUUAUUGUAUGUCCAUACGAGCUAUGUAGUUUGUGGUUUGUACGUUCCGGAGAGAAUUUAUGUGGAUUGACCUUAAGCUUGCUUUGUUUCGGCAUAGAAGAUUGCAUCUUUGAUGGGUUUCAUGUAGGCCAAAGAGAGAAAAAGAGAAAAAAAGAGGAUUAAAGAUAUGUAUAGAGGAGGUCUUGAUAGGUUUAAGAAAGCACAAUCUUUGGAGCCAUUUUCUGUCACCUUAAAUUCAUCGUCCAGAUCCGCUUCGGCUCCUAAAGCAACCCACAAUUUUGCUCAGCCAUUCCAGACGUCACAGGAUUCCAGCGUUAACUAUGUUCAGCAUCAACAGCAUGUCGCCUCAAAGUCCACUGGACCUGAAGCAGUGGUUCCGGUUGCACAUACCACACAGAUAGGUGGUGGGCAAUCAACUUGGCAGCCUCCUGACUGGGCAAUAGAGCCCCGUUCUGGCAUUUAUUAUCUUGAGGUUGUGAAGGAUGGAGAAGUCAUUGAUCAGAUUAAUUUAGAGAAGCGGAGGCAUAUUUUUGGGCGGCAAAUCCCAACAUGUGAUUUUGUGCUUGAUCACCAAUCUGUGUCACGCCAACAUGCUGCAGUAGUUCCUCAUAAAAAUGGAAGCAUAUAUGUAAUUGAUUUAGGGUCAGUGCAUGGUACAUUCGUUGCAAAUGAGAGGCUUACCAAGGAUAACCCUGUUGAACUUGAGGUUGGUCAAUCUCUACGAUUUGCUGCAUCAACAAGAAGUUACAUAUUAAGAAAAAACACUGCUGCUCUCUUUCCUACCCCUGCACUUCCAGCAGGAGUUGAUCUACCAUCCCCUCCAGACCCCGCUGAUGAAGAUGCUGUUGUGGCAUACAAUACGAUAUUGAAUCGUUAUGGCGUUAGCAAGUUGGAUCUUUCUUCCAAGUCAAAAAGUCCUUCAAGGAGUGCUUUAAGUGGAACGGAUGAGAGACAGCACCAAGGCAGACCAUCCAAGAGAAGUAGGAAAAAUAGAGUAGCAUUUAUAGAUCAGGUUGGUGGAGAGCUGGUUGAAGUAGUUGGGGUAUCUGAUGGUGCAGAUGUAGAAACUGAGCCAGGUCCUAUUGGUGUAAAAGAAGGGAGUCUUGUUGGGAAGUAUGAAUCUCUUGUACAAGUUACUGUUAUACCAAAAGGUAAGGAACAGAUAGCUCAAAAUGACGAGGGUGCGUCUCCCAGAGGUGUCACCGAUAAGCUGCAGUAUAUAUUGAACAAAGUGAAAAGCACUCCAAAGAGUGGGAUUUAUGAUGAUUUGUAUGGAGAUGCACUUUCUGGUAAGGUGGGUUCUUCUUGGGCAUACAGAUCAGAUGGACAGGUAGGAUCAACAAAAGGUGUUGAGGAAAAGCCUCUUAGCUCUGCUGGUGAAAAAGAAAAUGCUAGUUCAGCUGAUGAUAGUGAUGAUCUCUUUGGUGACUCUUGAUGAUGUAUGAUGGCUCAAUGGAAAUUCUCUUCCAUGCUAGCCUGAUGCUUAAUUUUUAGCAUGUUUUCCUCUUGAAAAUUCUGUUCAUCCUAGUCUUUGAAAAGUUGAUGGGCUUGCAAGUAUUUCCUGAGAUGGGAAGAAAUGUUGAGCGUAUGACAGUGCUCAUCUGUUUUGUGACUUGGACGAUGCAUGAAAAUCCAUGAUCUUCUGUUGCUCAUCUAUAAUUUUGUCGCAAAGAUUGUUCAAUGCUCUAUCUGAGAAAUCUUUAUGAUUUGAUAAUUUGUAUUGUACUCUAUGGUCACACGCGUUCCCAGUAUUUUUCAUACAAACCGUUCUAGCUAUUGUCUAUUGGAAAACUUUUUAGUUCUUAUUCAAAAUCGAGGUACAUUGUCUCAGGCUUUUGUAUAAUUUAUACCUUCAAUAUUGAGCU